GAGUGACAUGCAUGUUUGUGCAGUUGUGCAGUUGUGCAUUUAUUGUAAAACGAUUGUAAUUCUAUAUGCGAACACUACGUGUAUAAUAUCAUUUUAAGUCUCCUUCGAGUGUUCUUGUAUUCACAGGAUUAACGAUGUCGGCUUUACAUGGUGCCGAUGGUUUCCACAUAUGCCGGGUUUGCGGUGACAGGAGCUCGGGGCUACAUUAUGGGGUUCUGUGUUGUGAAGGUUGUAAGGGAUUUUUCUUCAGAACCGUCCGUAAAAAUAAACAGUACGACGUAUGCCGCCGACCGGGUCGAUGCAUUGUCCUGAAAUCAAGCCGAAACGGCUGUAAAUUUUGUCGAAUGCAACGAUGCCUUGACCUUGGCAUGAGCUAUGAAGCUGUAAAGAUGGGACGACCAAAAAACAAUGACAAAAAGGCGCUCACAAUCACCAAAACAACGUCAAUCAACGAAACGAAGGACAAACUCAUUCUGAACGUUUAUUCAGCCUUCAUGAAAGCCAUGCAAGGUAUCAAAUCGGCAAGACAGGAUGCUGAUAUUACAGAAUCUGAUUGGAGUUAUUACAUUGUAACUGGAAUGGUCAACUUUUCAUCUAUUUUUGCAAAAGAACAAUACAUGUUUAGGAAACUAUCAACUGAGACACAGAUCUUGUUGCUAAAAUCAGCCUUGCUUGAGCUGGCAGUAUUCAAAGAUAUUCUUGAACCAACAAAUAACAACAGCAGCAAGUGCCAGAACCUUGAAGUUAUGAAGGCGGACCAAAAAUGUGACAAAGUGAUUGAAGCACUUCAUGAUACUGGUUCAAAAGUAAAGCAUAAAUUAGAUGGCAUAAAAUUGACGUUCGUGGAAAUUGGAUUGUUUCUUGGAUUGAUAUUGUUCUGUUCUGACCGAGUAUCCAAUGACUGUAAAGAUUUUAAUGUCGUCAUGCAAACAGAGCACGCUCUUCUGCUAGCCUUGAAAUACCAGAUUGUCAUGAACCACAACCGCCAUGUUGAAAUCCUUCCGCAUGUUAUUGAAAUUCUUUGCAUACUAAGGGGACUAACUGCGCUUCAUUUAGACACGUUUUUGAAAUGCUUUGUAUGACAGAUCUCCAUGUGCCAUGUUGAGUGUAACUUUACGGAUAUUGUGGAGCAGAGGGACACAGCUGACCUUGACAAACACAAUCGCCAUGUUAAAAUACUUCCGUAUGUGAUUGAAAUAGGGAAGUAAGAGAGUUGCACUUUGGCUUUGUUUUCUUGCCUGUGAUGUUAAGUUAUUUUUGCGGUUAAAGGGGAAUAAUGAUUAAUCAAUAUCUAGCCGGAAAGCCUUUAACUUUUAGUUAUCAAUUUUGCUGAUAGCUCUUAAUCAACAUUUUUACCUUACGAGUUAAAAAUAUAUUAUUGUCACUAACAUGCCACUUACUUUAUUUAUUUGUUAAAAUAGUAUUUAAUUGCCACUAAUUCUACUUGUAUUUGUUUUUCAAUCAAUACAUUAAGUUUGAUAAACAUGUUUAUAUGAGUUCAAAUGUGUUAUAUCACCACUCAAUUGAGUAUAUAUUAUAACAGCAAAUAAAUUGUUUGCAAAGCAUAUGUGUUAACGAAAACAUAAAGUAAGUAGCCUCUAGGAUAUGACACUAACAUGUUCUUACUUAUUAAACGGAGCGUACACUUUUAUUGAUCCUCACAUUAAUACCGAUGAAAUGAUAUCUUGAAUUUCAUCUUCACACAAUAUAUCUUAAUAGUCAAACGGAACAACAAACACGUUGUCCGGUAAGCGCAGUGGUUUUCACACUCGCUUCUCACCAAGGUGUCUCGGGCGUUAAUGAGUUUUGGUGGCGGUCACCAAGCCCGGCCAGUUAACUUUCGCCGUACAUUCCAAUCUCCCCUACAACACCAUACCAGACUCUCCGGUCACAUCGUGCCAAAGAGAAUGACUUAGCAUAAAUUAACUUAACUUCUUCAUAAGGCGUAAACACCACUAACCCGACUAACCCUUUUUUCUUCCCGACCUUACAGUUUUGCCGUUUUGUGGAUUCUUUUUCGUAAUUUCAUUAAAAAAUGUGCAUUUGUUAAGUGCACAUGUUAAAAUUUAACCAUUUUAUAACAAAAAAAUUCUGCAAUAGGGAUAUACCCUGAUAUGGCACCGGAUUUUCAAACUUCAUCAUUUUUCUUAAAAUAUUCCAAAAAAAGAAUCUUAAAAUUCCAAACUAAAGCUUAUUAUACUUAAAAUGUGAAAAAAAAAUGAUUUUUUUUUUAAGAUAUGCAUUUUGUACUUAAAAAAAUGCUUUCAAUAUGUUUUCACAUUUUUGGUAUUAUAAAUGUUAGUUUAGGAUUAUAAGAUUUGUUUUGAUUUUUUUUUUCAAAAUAUGAUUAAGUUUGAAAAUCCGGUGCCAGUGUUUUAGACAUAUUUAAAUUAAUUAAGCAUUUUUGACUGUAACCCCUUGCUUCACAUCACUACUGCUAAAAACAUAUAAAGUGAAGAUAGAAAACAACAUUGCAACUCGUUAUUGUAAUAUCAUAUUUUGAAAAUGUAAAAGUGUGUAAAAAGUAUAUUGAUUUCAAUAUACAUGUAAAUCUUGGUUGUCGCAGCUGGCAGCAGCGACAAAAAAUAAAUACCUUAAAUAUCAGAAAUAAAUAAUCACUUCCAUACAAAUGGAAAAUCGAUCACGUCCAAAUCAAACUGAAAUAUUUCGUCCAUCUUAGCAACAUGAAAGAUAUACUACUUGGUUUUCCAAAUAGAAAAUAUCUGAAUUUUGUUUAGAAAAAGCAUUAAUGUUAUGCAUUUACAAUAAAGAGACCAAAAUAAUAAAACAUUUAACACAUAUGAAAUUGCCGACUGUCGGAGCAUUGUCAAAAUCAGCUUUUGAGAACUGAGUCAAAAUGUUUCAAGAACAAACUUGAGAAACGAACCUAAGUCAGCGUUCUUUGACUAAAAUUGUUUAAGAUAUUUAAACUGACCUUCGUCGGAACAAAUUAGCAGCUGUGACGUCAUGUACCACGUGGUCUGUACACACUGAUAAGGAAAUGGAUGAGCUUUUUUCUCAACCUAUCCAUCGAUAAAUAUUUGACUGUAUAUGCGGCACGUAAAGGGGGACAAACUUUACACAAAUAGUAUCACAUUCGGAGCUCCUUGGCCAUUUUUUUUCAAAAACAACCUCGGAUGUAUUUGGACGGUUUACAUACUCAAAAAGUGGUACGUUUAAGUCCGCUGCAAAUAUAUCGCGUAGUGAUCUUAUUUAGCAGUUAAACUUUAUGAUUUAACUCUUGGGAAUCUUAAUUAUGUUUGCAAUAAAACACUUCACCGGCAAUCAAUUUAAACUGAGAUCAAUAAAUACAACUCUAAACACUACAUUUAAUUAAUGAUAUUAUUCAAAAAUAUACGAACUACUUCAACUGAUGUACCGGCAUACAUCCGAGGUUGUUUUCGAUAAAAUGGCCGAGGAGUUCCGAAUGAUAGUAUCAUUAUGCUACUAAUAGUUUCCCUUAAAUUCUGUACCGUGUGAGUGAGGUAGGUUAAAUAUGUAUAAUAAAAAGUGGGGCUUGUUGAUUUCUUCAUACUGUAUUUAAAUUUUUAGAUUAUGGAAUUAUAAUUGUUUUAUAUCUCCAUUAUAUAUUGAAGUUAUAUUAAAUUGUAAUGCUAAUGUAUUAAAGUAUUUAUCAUAUUUGUAUUUUUGUAUAUACUUAUGAAGCUGAAAAAAAUAUCAACAUGUUUGCACGUGUAAAGUUGAUCUCUUACAUAAGAUAUAUCGAUAAGUGGACAAAACUGUUAUGA